AUGUUGACGGUCGAGAAGCAGUGGGUGAAUGUGCAGCAGAAGACUUUCACCAAGUGGCUCAAUGACAAGCUCAAGGCCCGCUUACUGGCGAUCGAAGAUCUGGUGAAAGAUCUCUCGGAUGGUGUCAUUCUCAUCCAUCUGCUCGAAAUUCUCGGCAAUGAAUCCCUCGGUCGUUAUGCCUCGAAACCCAAGCUGCGAGUGCAGAAAUUCGAAAAUGUGAACAAGAGUCUGGACUUCAUCCGGGGGCGCCGGAUCCAGAUGACCAAUAUCGGCGCAGAGGAUAUCGUGGACGGCAACCGUAAGAUCAUUCUGGGUCUCAUCUGGACUCUCAUUUUGCGGUUCACCAUCAGCGACAUCAAUCAAGAGGGCAUGACCGCAAAGGAAGGUCUCCUGCUUUGGUGCCAACGCAAGACGGCUUGUUACGAGGACGUCGAAAUCCGCGAUUUCUCCACUAGCUGGAACGAUGGUCUGGCAUUCUGUGCUCUGCUGGAUAUUCACCGACCCGAUCUGAUCGACUACGAUGCAUUGGACAAGAACGACCAUCGCGGAAACAUGAAGCUGGCGUUCGAGAUCGCUUCCAAUGAGAUUGGAAUCCCGGACCUGCUGGACGUGGACGACGUCUGCGAUGUGCCGCGGCCAGAUGAGCGAUCCUUGAUGACCUACAUUGCCUACUGGUUCCAUGCCUUCUCGCAACUGGAGCGCGUCGAAAACGCCGGUCGUCGGGUUGAGAAGUUCGUCAACAACAUGCACGGCGCAUGGGAUAUGCAGUCAGGGUACGAGCGUCGAAUGCGGGAACUCUUGCGAGCGAUUCGCGCGCAGAGAGAGUCAUGGAAGAAUUCAUCCUUUGAGGGCACGUACAAGGAUGUGAAGGAACAGGCCCAUCAGUUUUCGCUCUAUAAACGUCAUGAGAAGCGACAAUGGGUCGCCGAAAAGUCAGACCUUGCUGCGCUGUUGGGCAAUAUAAAAACGAAGCUGGGCACGUAUCGCCUGCGCUCUUACGAGCCACCACAAGAAUUGAGCACCCAAGCGUGUGAUCAAGAGUGGGAAAGUCUCACACGAGACGAACAUCAACGAAGCCAGUUGAUCAACGAGACUAUUCGAGACAUCAAGAAUGCGCUCCGGAGAUCCUUCGCGGACAAAGCCAACGACUUUGCGCUGACCCUCAAAACCCUCUCCCUGGCCAUUUCGGGACUAGAUGGAGAGGUCGAGGAUCAACUCGAUCAUGUCAAAAGGCUGAAUGAUAAUCUCCCACCGCUCGAUGCCUUCCUCGACACAAUCGCCGAGCUGGACGAGCAAUGUGCCGAGGCCAAUAUCGAAGAGAACGACUUCACCACAUACACGCUUGAUGAGUUGUCAUAUGAGCUCAGUCUUGUUAGAUCGAGUAUCUCGAAGAAGCUCGCCUUUUUGGAGAAUCAGAUGGUGGCUCGUAAUAUGACCAAUCUCACUCCUAUUCAGCUGGAAGAAUUCGAGUCUGUCUUCCGCCAUUUCGACCGCGACUCUUCGAACACGUUGCAAGAGCUCGAGUUUUCCGCGGCGCUGGCCAGUCUGGGACUGGUCUAUGAUGAGCAGGAGAUGCAUGAGGUGUAUGUGGAAGUUUGCGGCGCUGAGCGUUUGACUCAAAAUGCUGGUGUGAGUUUCGAGCAAUUUAUUCGAUUCAUGGUCAGCGUCACCGAGGAUCAGAACACCGCAGAGCAAGUGUUCCAAAGUUUCAAGGAGGUUGCCGACGGAAAGCCGUAUGUCACCGAGCUAGACCUCCGCCACUCCUUGAUUCCAGAUGAAGUAAUUGAGCAUUUGGUCAAGACAAUGCCCCCGCACGAGGGCCCCGAUCUAUUGGAAGACCGUGAUCUGCCCAAGUUUGACUACAUCAGUUUCAUGAACCGGAUGAUCGAGGAACAAAAGAGUACAGGUGGGGAGAAAUAA